AUGUCUAAUCCAAUGACACGAACAUUGUCACAAGAAGACAUUGAUCGUAUCGAAUUUAUCCGCAAAGAAAAAUCCAAAGAAAAAGCCAAAGAAUUCGUCACAGAAAUGCUUCUCGGUCACCUCCCCUCUGCGUUGCUAAGUCGAAGACCAAACCAAGUACUAAGGCCGGCACAACCAAGCAUACCGUUGUCAUCCGAGGAUAACCCUCGCAUACUGCCAUGCAAAGACGGAACUCUCUUCAUGUUCACGAAUGACAACGACCAUCCUGAAAUUACGGAAAGAAUGUUUCGUACUGAAGCACCCCAAUUUCAAAGGCAUCAGAUCAAUAACGUCGAGUCCAAAGAUACAUAUAGAGUAGCAAAACGUCCGCGUAUCUCUGGACCUCGAAGAGUAGGGUGUUUGGAGACGCCUCCUUGA